AUGGGGGAGGAUGCUAUUUUGGAUGGAAUGGAGGACAAAAUUCAUCUUGAGGAUAUCAUUCAACAUCUUGGGAUUUACAUAAUAUUGUUGAGAAAUGGGAACCACAUUGAAAAAAACAGGAAUGAUUCCCUGCCCUACUGAAUUUAUAUUCUGAAGAUUCUAAGGUCUAGAAGGCUUUUAACCUUUCUAUAUUAUGUGAGUGUUAUAGAAUGCUUUCACAGUUCUUCAUAUCCACUGAUUUUUAAAAAUUUGAUCUUAAACAAAUAGAGCAAACUUUCAAACUUUUCAUUUAAGCAGCAAAACCUUUUUCUCAAAUGAAAUCUUAUCUAGACUCUAAUAUAUAAAACAGACAAAAGUGAAGCUGCAUGAAUUACAGCAAGAGAAGC